CUGGUGAGGAAGGGGAGAUCAGAUGAGGGAGAUGGGUUUGAGGGGGUGUUUGAGGGAUACAGUGCCGUUCGCUGCUAUGGUUGCAGUGGAAUGCACCAACGUAGGCCUCAACACUCUGAGCAAAGCUGCGAUGUCGAGAGGGAUGAACACUUUUGUCUUCCUCACCUAUUGUUAUGGACUCGCCACUCUCUUCAUCCUCCCGCCUGCCUUCAUCUCCCACAGAAGAGUGAAUCGUCCAAUCACUUUUUCGAUUCUCUGUAAAUUGUUACUCCUCGGUCUAUUAGGUUACUCGGGGCAGAUCUUCUCAUACACCGGCAUCAGAUACAGUUCUCCGACUCUCUCAGCGGCCAUAAGCAACCUCGUUCCAGUUUUCACCUUUGUACUCGCCGUCAUUUUCAGGAUGGAAAAGCUAGAAUUGAGAAGGUCAAGCAGUCAGGCAAAGUCCAUAGGAGCCGUAGUCUCAAUUGCAGGGGCAUUCGUAGUUACUCUCUAUAGGGGCCAAACCAUUUUGAUGACACUUUCUACCUCUCCUGAUCAUCACCUUCUUCUUACCACCUCACCAUCUAACUGGGUCAUUGGAGGGCUUUGCAUCGCAACCAGUUCUAUGUUGUUUGCUUUUUGGUACAUAUUACAGGCAACCAUAGUGAAGGAGUACCCAGAUGAGGUAACCGUAACCUGUAUUUACUCCUUCAUUGUGACCAUCGAGUCUGCAAUCGUUUCUCUGAGCACAGAAAGAAAUCCAAGUUCAUGGAGUUUAAAGCCAGGCCUGGAGUUAAUUACCAUCUUCUAUUCAGCGGUUUUUGGGCCCACAUUCAGCACGGCUAUCCAUACAUGGUGUAUUCACAAGAGGGGUCCGGUUUAUGCUGCCAUGUUCAGGCCAUUGGGGAUUGUCAUUGCAGUUUUUAUGGGUGUCCUCUUCCUUGGUGAUACCCUUCAUCUUGGAAGCAUGUUUGGUUCAAUGAUAAUCAUUCUUGGGUUUUAUGGAGUGAUGUGGGGAAAAUCAGAAGAAAAUAAAUUGGUUGACGAUGAGGGAAUCAAUGGUCAUGUAUCUUCCGCUCAAAAUGAACCUCUUUUGCCCAAAGAAAGAAGAGAUCGUCAGAGCCCAUUGAAGAAAGAAACCAACCCCUGCCCUUUUAUUUUCUGUCCUCCCACUUCCCAGGCAGAGAGACUCAGAAAGGGAGAGAUGGUUUGGAAUCUGAACAUGAGACUGAAUUUGAAGAAGAAUGGGAGGGGAGUGAUGCCAUUUGCAGGGAUGGUGAUGGUGGAGUGCUUGGAUGUGGGAAUGACCACACUGAGCAAAGCAGCCAUGUCGAGAGGGAUGAGUCACUAUGUCUUCGUCUUCUACUCCAACGCCCUCGCCACCCUCAUCCUUCUCCCUCUCUCCUUCCUCCUCUUUCCCAGGUCAAAUAGGCCUCCUCUUACCUUCUCUCUCAUCUGUAGAUUCUUCCUCCUAGGGCUUGUUGGGAUAACCCUGAUGCAGAACUGUGUUUUCACUGGCAUAAACUUGAGUUCCCCUACUCUUGGCUCUGCUUUGAGCAACUUGGUCCCGGCUUUUACCUUCAUUCUUGCAGUUAUUUGCAGAGUUGAAAAGGUGGAUUUUAGAAGCUCAGGUAGCCAAUUGAGAAUAUUGGGUUCCGUAGUAUCAAUCUCAGGAGCAUUGGUAGUAAUACUCAACAAGGGCCCUUCCAUUGGAACAACACAGUCAUCCCCUCCUUCUCACAACAUUCCUGCUUCCUCCAAUACCAAUUACUUGGUGGCGAGCAAUUGGGUCCUUGGGGGUUUAUUCUUGGGAGCUGCAUCUUUCUCUAUCUCGAUAUGGCACACACUUCAGGCAGCAACUCUGAAGAAAUACCCAGUAGAGAUGAUCGUAGUGUCCUUCAAUAGCUUUUUUGGAACCAUUCAAUGUGCAAUAGUUGCUUUGAUCUUGGAAAGAAACCCAACUGCUUGGACUCUAAAACCUGAUUUGGAGCUCCUUUCCAUUUUCUACUCGGCUGUGAUUGGAAGUGUGGUGACUCCUUGUGUACUGACUUGGUGCAUACACGAGAAGGGCCCUGUGUUUGUUGCCAUGUUUAAGCCUCUGGGGAUUGCCAUCGCUGCAUUGAUGGGUUCCAUGUUCCUCGGUGAUACUCUCUAUCUCGGAAGCGUUGUUGGAGCAAUAAUAAUUGUUAUAGGAUUUCACGGCGUGAUAUGGGGACAAUCAAAGGAAGAAAAAAGGAUUACAAAAGCAGAAGAUGAUGAUGAUGCUGGAAUUGAGAGCUCGGUGGUAUCUAUUGAGAAGGCUCCUCUCUUGCAAAAAUACAGAGAAGUAUAA